ACAUGAUCAUCUCUGUAGGUAAUUGUGCAGAUUUGUCCUUGGAACAGCCUUUAGUUCUGUUCCGUCUUUGUUUUUCUUCACUACUGAGUCCAUUUUGGGCCCUUUGUCUUCAAACCACACCACUUCUCUUCAGCUGCUCCAGGUUUUGGCUGCGUCCUUUCAGUUCUUCUGGGUUUCUACCUUUUUGGGUCAUGAGUCCUUCAUUUGCCAAGUUCCGCUGCUCCUAGUUUUUAUUUUAUUUUUUGGAACUCUACUUUCAGUUUCUCUCAAGUCUUAACAGUUGUUUUUUUGUCUCCAAAUGAAUCAUUUGAUUCAUGAACGAGCAUGUCUUGAACGCACCGCGGGGCGUUCGCAGGAGGUUGACGUAAACUUUCACUUCCUCUCCUGCUCUCCGUCCUGGGCAUAGACGGUGUGGUCCCGGGACUUUUCUCGUGACUCUCCGUGGGUUGACUUUCGCUUUCCUUGGCGCGGCUGCUGGGUGGUGGGAACGUGAAUGCAGGUGGACGGGGCGGUGCUUUCACUUCAGGUGUUUGUUCCGUCCAGCUGCGUGUUUGCCCUGGAAGAAGAACAGCAGCCGCGGAGAUGUCGCGGCGCGGAAUCGGGAGACGAGGAGGGCAGCCGUGAAGACCGGAAGAAGGAUUUUUACCGUCAAGAGGCUGCUACUCUUCCGCUGCUUUGAGGAGAAGGUGAUUGCUGCACUGCGACUGGGGCUCAGAUGGAAGAAGCCAGCGGGCCGUGCCUACCCCUGCUGACCUACCACAGAGAGCUGCUGGUGUCCACGCUCACCAGCAUCCAGUGCCUACUGGACAACCUGCUGCUGAAUGGCUUUUUCUGCCAGGAGGAUGUGGAGAUUGUUCAGCGAAUCCCCACCAAACCAGAUAAGGUGCGUAAAGUCUUGGAGCUGGUGCAGUGUAAGGGGGAAGAGGCCUGCGAGUUUUUCAUCUACAUCAUUUCCAAAGUGUGUGAUGCGUACAGAGACCUGCAGCCAUGGCUGGAGGAAAUCAACUUCCACCCGAGAGGCAGUGUCAUUGGGAUGGAAGUGGUCAACAGCGACCCCAUCAGCAGGUACAGCCAGAAGCUGCGGUACGAGAUCAGCCGGGACACCAGCUUCAUCAUGUCGUACGGGCAGCAGGAGGAGACCCAGCUGGAAGACCUCUACACCGACACUGUGAUGGAGUUACUAAACGACACCAAUGAGAACCUGGGCUUCUUGGACAAUUUGGACCAGCUCCUCGGAGAUGAUGCAGUCUUCAAUCCCCAGGGUGAAGUCAUUUAUGUGAUGGGAGAUGCUGGAGUGGGAAAGUCCAUCCUCCUGCAAAAGCUGGCAAACCUCUGGUCCAAGAAGGAGCUGAAGACGGAUGCCCUCUUCUUCUUCAAGUUUCGCUGCAGGAUGUUCAACAUCUUCAAGGAUGCAGAGCAGAUUUCCCUCAGGAACCUGUUGUUCAAAUAUAACUGUUACCCGGACCAUGACCCGGACAAUGAAGUCUUCGAUUACAUCCUGCGCUUUCCUGAGAAGGUUGUUUUCACCUUUGAUGGCUAUGAUGAAAUUCAGGAGGAUGUGGACAUUGUGAAAUUUCCUGAAGUGGUGUCUCCAGAAGACAAGGCCAAUGCCCUCCAGCUGCUCAUGAGCCUCCUAAGUGGGAAGCUGCUGAAAGGCUCCAAAAAGGUGAUGACAGCACGAACAGGGAUCGAGAUCCAAAGUCGGGUGUUGCGGAAGAAGGUAGCUCUCCGAGGAUUCUCUCCAGACCACCUGAAGGCUUACAUCGAUCUUCACUUUAAGGAGCAGGAGCAUCGGGAACUUGUGUCAGUUCAGCUGGAUGCCAGCCCCCACCUCUGCGGCCUGUGCUCCACCCCCCUCUUCUGCUGGAUCGUCUUCAAGAGCUUCAGGCACCUGCAGACCAUGCAUGACGACUUUCACCUGCCUGACACCUGCAUCACCCUGACAAACAUCUUCCUGCUGCUGUGUGAGGUCUUCCUUAGCCGCUUGGCCUCACCGGCGGCCUCCUCCCUGAGAAAAGGCACUCGCUGCACCUCAGAAACCUUCAGGGCCGGACUCAGGCCCCUCACGGCGUUUUCCAGGCUGGCUCUUCAGGGCUUGGAGCGCAGAAGUUUAAUCUGCAGUCAGGAGGAGAUCAGUGAGUGUGGUCUGACAGAGGAGGACUUGGCUUUGGGGUUCCUGAAACCGGUCAGUGACUACGACCCCGGCAGAGGCCCUGGGAGCUUUGAAUUCAUUCACACCACCCUGCAGUCGUUUCUGGCUGCGUUUGCUCUAGUGCUGGAGGAACAGGCUCCUACAGGCACCAUCCUCAAGUUCUUCAGCGAGUGCAGCUGGAGACAGGAGCCAUCUUGUCUGCCCUUCACCUUCUGCAUCGGCCGCCCUGUGAAUUUGAGCCUCAGCAAACCAUUUUCCACCAAUGAGCACUUUCUGUUCACCAACCUGUUCCUGUGCGGGCUCCUGGCAAAGUCUCAACUCGGCUUGAUGGGACAUCUGGUAUGCUCGAAUUUACUGAGGAAAAAACGGGCUACGCUGAAGUCUUACCUGUCCACAGUGGUCCGGAGCCACAUGAAGGGCUUACCCACUUACAAAGGGGAUGACGGCACUAAGGUUCACGUUCUGCCCAACUUCCUCUGGAUGGUGCGGUGCAUCUUUGAGACGGGGAGCAAACAGAUUGCUCAGAUGACAGCCAAGGGCAUCACGCCGUACUUCAUCAAGCUGGGCUACUGUAACGUGUACUCUGGCGACUGCACCGCCCUAAACUUUGUCCUGCAGCACCAUCGGACGCUCCUGCGGCUUGACAUGGACAACAACAACAUCAGUGACUAUGGAGUGAAGCAGCUCAGGCCGUCCUUCAGCAGGAUGACUGUGGUGAGGUUGUCUGUUAACAGCCUGUCAGACAGCAGCAUAGAGAUUUUGGCUGAAGAACUGUGCAAGCACAAAAUUGUGCAGAUUUUGGGGCUUUACAACAAUAACAUCACAGAUGUGGGAGCCAAGCUGGUCGCCCACAUAAUCGAGGAAUGCCCCAAGCUGGCGGUGCUCAAGCUUGGUAAAAACAAGAUCACAGGCGUAGGUGGAAGAUAUCUGGCCCUUGCAAUUCAGAAGAGCACCUCCAUAUUUGAUGUGGGGAUGUGGGGGAACAGCAUCGGGGAUGAGGGCGCAGAGGCUUUCGCUAAAGCCUUAAGGAACCACCCGACACUCACCAACCUCAGUCUGGCAGCCAAUGGCAUCACAUCCAGAGGAGGGAGGAUCCUGGCUGAGGGGCUGAGGGAGAACAGCGUCCUCAGAAUAUUCUGGUUGGUGGAGAACAAGCUGGGGGAUGACGCCGCUCCAACCUUGGCUGAGCUGGUUCGAGCAAACACGGGUCUGAGCCACCUCUGGUUGAUCAACAACAUGCUGACGGUGGUGGGGAUCCGGCGGCUCGCCGAGGCUCUGGCUGUUAACACCAAGUUUAAGGAGAUUUGCGUAAAGGGAAACCAGAUCUCUAAGGAGGAGGAGAAAGAGUUUCUUCUAGAGCGGCGGCUGCGUUUUCACUGACUGCACUGGGACGUCUGCAGCUCUGGUUUCACCCAAACAGAAGUGGUCUGCUUCUGAUGUUAGUGAUGUGACAACAUGGAAGGGGUUGGACUGUAGCAGCUCAGCGCCCACAGACACGCUCUGCUCAAGUGUCAGUCCUGAGCAUUAGCUGGAAAAGAAAAAGAAGAAGCAAACUUUGCUGCUUCUCCUCAGCGAACUGUUGCAUGCAUUUGUGUGUUUUCACUGAACUGUAUUAUAUUUAUUGUAAAAGCCUAAAAAAAGCACACAAACACCUCAAUGUCAAUGUUUUUUUUGUUUCUUUUUUCUUUUUUACUGAACACAAAAAGGCUGAAUGUACUAAUGAAUUUGUCAACCAUAAUUACAUUUUCAUCAGAAGCCAUGCAGACGCUGAAGGCCUGAGUUACAUGCUUGGUAAGGGUGUUGACCCGUGUGGGCGCUGCAGGUUUUUGGGUUUUCCAAUUCUGCGGAGGGUCAUAGAAAGGAGUGGCUUCAUCCAAUUGGGAGUGCAGGCGUAUCUUACAGUUCCCCUGAGAGCUGCUGAAAAUGGAAUGUACCAUUGUUGUGCAUGUGGUAAAUGUAAUGUAAAGUAUUUGUAAUGAUUAUGAACGUUACACACACUUGUGACGUACGGAUGAUGAUGUCAUGGUGUCCUUACGCCACACUAGUCAUUAGGAAGGUGUGAGUAUUUACUCCUUCAUGACUGAAAGCUGCACACGGGGUGUGCUCAGGAUACACAAGUGCCCUUAGGACGUCCACACAAACUACGGUACACUCCGAUUGUGUAGUUUCCAAUAAUCAGGCCGAACACAAGGAUCACGAUCCCCACACACGUAUCAUGAGAACAGCACUUACAAGCCCUUUGCACAGUCUGCAGGAUUCUGGGGAGGGGGCGUCUGCAGUCUUGCUAUUUUGUGCGGGCCGGGCCAUCUGUGUCCCCUAUACAGGUGUACACACUGGAGGCAGGGAAGGUCUUGUCUAAGGGUUCAGCGACAGUUGACUGGUGGGAGCGGGGAUUGAACCACUGAGCCUUGUAUCAUCAUAACCUGUUCAAUCACCUGAGCCAUGUGUUUUUUUUAUUUUUGAUAUUAUUUUAUCAUUAAAUUUCAAAACACAAAAGA